AUGGCACCCCAUGCAAUGGCACCCGCUGCAAUGGCACCUGCUGCAAUGGCACCGGCACCCUGGAACCCUCCUGCUACGAACACGCGCACUGUCCCUGAAGAUCUCCUUCUCAACCUCCUCACCAAGCGAUCUGCUAGUAGUGACGCUCGCACGAAUGCCAUUGAACCCGCCGCGAAGAAGAUGAAGAGGCAGACUUCAGAUGGAACCCCCCAGUCGAUGGACCAUUUCCUCAAUCAACGUCUUGCUGCGGCCCGGUAUGCCACGGCUGCUCAACCCGGGGCGUCUUCGCUUGGUGGCGUGGAUGCAUAUCCUCUUGCGGAUUCGUCCCGGCUUCAGCUCGAGUCUGCUUUACUGGCACGCCAGCAGAAUGCUCUCCGAGGUACAGAAAAUCUCGACGUUAUUGCCCUUGGUGCGGCGCGUGGACUCGGCCUUCAAGGGAUGGCACCGGCCCACUUGGCCCCCAUGAUGGGAGGGUCCUUUGCUUCUACCGCGCCUCCCAUGUCCAUGCUGUCCUUGGACACCAUCCAAAGGACCCGAGAGGCUCUACUCCAGCAGCGGGCUCGACUUUUCGCCGCGGGCAUGGCCCCCACCUCCAAUGUCCUCGAGUCUUUGGAGCUCUCUUUGGUGUCUCCACCGGCUGCGUCGCUCCAGCUCUUUCCGAAUACUGGCAUGGCGUCGUUGUGUGCGCCCACCAUGGCCCCUUCGUCGACGAACGCCACUGGACGACGCUCUCUUCCACGCAGCAUGUCCACUCCCGAAGAGGACGACCGCAAGCUCGCGGAUGCCCAAAUCUUUCUCCGAAAGCACAUUGAGAUCUUCGAGGCCACGCAAGAUGAAGUGGGAACCCACACGCGAGGACGGAACAAACCCAUCCAGGUGGGCCAAGUGGGCAUUCGAUGCAUCCACUGCGCACACAUGAGAGUCAACAAGCGCCAACGUGGGGCGACCUACUAUCCAGCCACGCUGCUAGGACUGUAUCAAGCAGCCCAAAACAUGAACACGGCCCAUAUGCAAACUGGAAUCUGCGAUCAGAUGCCCCAGAGUGUCAAGGAUGAGUUUGCCAAGAUUGCAAGUGCCAAGAACAACAACACCGGCGCUGGAAGACCCUACUGGGCCAACUCGGCCAAGAAGCUGGGCCUUUACGAUACGGAGGAUGGCGUCCGAUUCAUGCCUUGA